AUGGAUCUCGCAUACGAUCAUAUUGCUGAGCAAGCUUACAAUCCCGGCGACCGUGCCACUACUCCUACGCCUGCAACGAAUAACACCUCAAACACGAACGAAACCUCCACACCAAAAACAAGCUCCCCUAGACAGAGUCUCCAAGCAGAGUUCCAGGAGACCUUCAAGGCAUUUUCUAAUUCACAAUGGGGAGUCAAGCUAGGGGGCUUCUGGGGGAAUGUCAGAAAGCAAGGAGAAAGUCUAUACGAGGAGGCCAAAAAGGAGGCUGCUGAAAUGGCAAGCGACAUGGAAGCCUUGCGGCUGAAGGGUGUCAAGGGGUUGGGUUUCGGCGCCGACCAGAAGAAGGGGGGGGAUGCCUCAGAAACAGACGAGGACACAGAAUCGCCUAGCACCAACAAGGAGAGUGAGCAGAACAAAGCAAUCCAGGAGACUGAGACCUUCCUCGAGCGGUUCAAAGCCGAGGCCGCAAAGAGGUUGAGAGAUGUGCAGAGAGCAGAAGAUGCUGCAGAUGAGGCGCUCUUGAGGUUCGGCACCAAUAUCAGAAAUUUCCUUCGAGAUGCGGUGUCUGUGACAGCCCCGGACGACCAAGAGGCCGGAAACCGCCAGGCUGGCGAGGUGCUCUUCGAAAGUAGAGACCCUGCGUCCGGCAAAAGAGUCAUCCAUACAAGCAGAUUUGACGCGCAGCUACAUGUCAUCCACACUACAAUGACGAGCUUCACUCAAGAUCCAAGUGGAGCGGGUGAUCAGUGGGACAACUUCAGAAAGGGCUUUGAUAUCGACAGGAUGACGGCACGCAUUGCCGAAGACCUGGACAAGUAUAGGGAGUUGAGAAGCUCCAUGGAGAAGCUUGUGCCGGAGAAAGUGGAAUACAAGGACUUCUGGACAAGGUACUAUUUCCUGCGACAUGUCGUGGAGACGCAAGAAGAAAAGAGGAAAGAACUUCUCAAAGCAUCUGCGCAUGAAACAGAGGAGGUUGGCUGGGACGAGGACAGCGAGGACGACGAGGAGCAGGGGAGGACCUCGUCUAAUACCCCUCAGCUACGGAACGAAGAAGCAGUGCCCAAAGUGCUAGUCGCUCAAAACACCAACGACUCCUCAACCACAAUACACCAGCAGCCACCCUCAUCAUCGGCGGUGACCUCGGCCGACCCAAGUUGUCCGCACCUGAAGCCCGAAGGCCAAGGCCGUCGAUCUCACGACGAGAAGUCCGUCGCAGACAGCGACGCAAGCUACGAUCUCGUCAGCGGCGCCAACAGCCGUGCUCCGGGAAGCCCCAAAGACGACCUCGGCCGAUCGCCCACCAAGGUCGAGGAGAGCGACGAGGAGGACUGGGAAUGA